CAAGACCAUUUUGUAGAUACGCUUUAGCCACAAGUAUACAUUUCAAAACAGGUGUGUCUAAUGUAUCGUUUGCUCAAACUGGCACGGCAUUCACUCGGUUAUGUUUGGCCAUGUUCACUGCCAACCAACAAGGCUUCCACAGCUGUAGCACAAAUCAAUUGAACUCAUCAACAAAACCAUCAAGUGAAUGCCACUAUGCAUUGCUGAAAAAUAGGAUGGUUUUGAGAUUGGAAGGAUCGGAUGCUGCGAUUUUUUUGCAAGGUCUGGUCACCAACCAUAUUACAGAUUCCAUGCCUGAAAACUCUUUAAAGCUAGCAGCAUUUCUAAAUGCACAAGGACGAGUGCUGAUGGAUGCCUUUAUAUACCGUGAACCAAAAAAUCCCGAAUCUACCGGUCCAAGCUUUUUGGUUGAAUGUGCUGAUACGGUUAUACCACUGCUAGAAAAGCAUUUGCAAAGAUAUAAACUUCGAAAACAAGUAAAGAUUACAAAUAUCAGCGAUAGUGUUGAUGUUUGGCAGAUAUGGGGAUCAUUGGAUCGUGAUCAAUUAAAAAACAGUGAUGGCGGCAUGUGGUGUGCUGAUCCUAGGAAUGCAGAUAUGGGCAUGCGAGGCAUCGCACUCAAGACCUGUCAAACUCUGCUACCAGAUCAAAUGAAAAAGGUUCCAUUUACAGAUUAUGUUGCCAGACGCAUAUGUCUUGGUAUUCCUGAAGGACCAACCGAUUUUUUUUAUGAAAAGUCGCUCCCAUUAGAAUCCAAUCUAGAAUUGAUUCAAGGAGUUGAUUUUCAAAAGGGAUGUUAUCUAGGACAGGAAUUGACAAUCAGAACAUAUCAUACAGGUUUUACUCGUAAAAGAAUCGUGCCGGUUCAACUUUACAAUGAGCAUGACCCUGUGCCUAAAUCGCUUUCACUUGAUACAUCCAUUACAAUGGAGCAUCCGCCGAGUCAGUCUGAUAUCAAGUUGGGUGAUCUCACCUCUGAAGAAACGACACUUACUCGUAGUAAAGGAGUCGUUGGAAAAUACUGUGGUGGUCUACAUAAUAUUGGAUUGGCACUUGUUCGACUGGAAUCUGUUGUACGGCCUUUGGAGAAUCAAUCUAUGCUUGGAUCUUCAGAUUUGAGCAGCAAUGAAAUCAAGCCUCUGAUUCUGGCAAAUGGAAUGCGUGCUCGAGCUUUUGCGCCUUUAUGGUGGCCAUCGAUUGCACGCACCUAGACAUUUAUUUCUGGUGCAUACGAGCAUUUAUUAUCACUUUGAAAUAAAGUCAGUUUUAUUUUAU